AUGUCACUUCCACAACCUGCGAAGAAAACAUCUAUAGCUGUUUUGCUGCAUGUUUGCGUCUUCAACUGCACGGCUUCUGGAUCUGCUUCCUCACUGGUUGAGGAGUAUUCAACGUGGCGAGAGUUGGAAGAAAAAGUGGCAGACGUUGACUUUGAUGUUUCCGAGUUGGCCACGUUCGAGGAUUGGGAGAUCAGCGAAAACGACGUGCUAAGAUAUCGAGCAAUGCUGGCGAUGAACAUGUGCUCGAAGAAAGUCAGCCUCCUGUUGAAGCCAAAAAAUCAAAUUUCUCUAGGUGUGUUUGCUAAUUCUUGGCAUCGAUUGACCACGGGUCUAUUUAAGACACCAAAUUUCUUUGCUUGGAGCCGCGAUAUUCUGACGAACCAAUUUUUCGACCUCGGUUAA